UGUAUCUUCCAAUUUUUUACCUCAAAUGCAAAACGUAACGGAACAACUGAUCCAACUCCUCCUUCGCUUUCCCCGUUCCACAUAUUCUCAUCUUCUUCUCUUUCUCUCCCAUGAUUAUCACGCCCAUCGUCGCCAAUGCCGGAUUUCGGAUCGAGUCCUUUCUGAGAAAUGGCGGUGGCGGCUUCGUAAUCUGGUGGUAGCUUCUGCGCGAGCCAAGAGGAAGGAGAACUGGAUUGGAUGUCUCUUGGCUCUGCGAGGAAGUUGGAAUAAUCCUCAUAUUCGUGUUGAGUUAUGGGGAUUUCGUCUGAUAAUGUUCGUGGGUUUGUUCUUGCGGUUUCUUCCAGCGUUUUUAUUGGAUCUAGCACGAUUAUCAAGAAGAAAGGCCUCAUCAAAUCGGCGAGUACCGGAACCAGAGCAGCAUCUGGAGGCUUUUCGUACUUGCGUGAACCUUGGUGGUGGGCUGGGAUGAUAACAAUGAUUUGCGGGGAGAUUGCAAAUUUUGUUGCUUAUGCAUAUGCUCCUGCAAUUCUUGUCACUCCCUUGGGAGCUUUGAGCAUUAUUUUCAGUGCAGUCCUAGCUCACUUUAUUUUGAAGGAGAACCUGCAUAUUUUUGGAGUUCUUGGUUGUGUUCUCUGUGUUGUGGGUUCUACAACCAUUGUUUUGCAUGCUCCACUGGAGAAAGAUAUUGAAUCUGUUAAGGAAGUGUGGCAUCUUGCAACAGAGCCAGGAUUCCUGGUCUAUUCAUCUAUAGCAAUAGUUGUAGUUGCAGUACUCAUUUUUUGGUAUGCCCCAAGAUAUGGCCAUUCCCAUAUGAUGAUAUACGUUGGAAUUUGCUCAGUCAUGGGCUCUCUUACGGUUAUGAGUGUCAAGGGAGUAGCUAUUUCUAUCAAGCUGACAUUUUCGGGAAUGAAUCAAUUCAAGUACUUCGAGACGUGGUUCUUCACUGUGCUUGUGAUAGUCUUUUGUGUUUUGCAGGUGAUCUACUUGAACAAGGCUCUUGACGCUUUCAACUCCGCCGUCGUAUCUCCAGUUUACUAUGUGACUUUCACAGCUUUUACCAUCUUUGCCAGUAUGAUUAUGUUUAAGAACUGGGACUCACAAAGUGCAGCACAAAUUGCAACUGAAGUUUGUGGAUUCAUCACCAUUCUUUCUGGCACCUUCCUCCUCCACAAAACCAAGGACAUGGGAAAAAGUCCUGCCACAGAACCCCCCGUGUUUCAAAGCCAACAAGACCAACCCCGUGAAAAUCAAAGUCUAGGUAGCAGUAGAAGAUCAUAGUUUUGAACAGCACUAUGCCCAUUUGGGGACACAUCAUCCAGCUGAAAAAAGUUUCUCACAGCAAAAAAGACUUUUUGCCUGAAAGCUAAUUCAUUAUUUUGUUGCAUAUAAAUUAACUGAUACUGAUAUGAUAUGCUGCAGAAGGUUGAUAAUUUGCUCCCUCAUUUAUUGGAAAUAUUCUGUGGACCACCCAUCUCCAUGUCCUUGGCCAUGUAAAUGAUUUUUUUCUUUCUUCUACUCAUGUUUAAGGUUGAAUUCCGAUCUGGCUCGGUAUGAAAUGAACUUCUAAUUAUGAAAAUGAUGAUUAGAUUAUUGGUUAGAAA